CAUAAUUAUUCGAAGUUCGAUGACCUUAUUACGGUCUAAUGCAUGGGAAAUAAUGUCUAAAUUGUUAUAAAUGAUCUCCUACGGAUUCUCUCAUAAUAGGAUUACGCUCGGAAGAAAUCUAUUUCAUCGCGGAUAUAUAGAGGCUAUUGUGCAUAAAACAAAGUUGCCGUAACUUCAUGGGAUCAUGUAGGGGUUUAGAAGAAAGGUGAUAGCAAUUUCGACCAGGUAACGAAUGAAGGGGCCGGCUUUGUUAGUUCGAGAAGGUAGGGGAAUAGCGAAGUGAAUGCCUUUCUCAUCAUCCGUGGAUCUUCAGUAUUCCUGGUUCCAGUCGGACCGAUGGAUGGUUUCUUCUCGUGUGCCGUUUUCUUCGGUGUAUGUCAAGUCGUGAGAAAUUCGAGGGUGGUGGUGAUCGCCAGUGUUUAAUUGAUAAAAAUCAUUAUUAGCCAUGGACUGGACAGCAUUCCUUCUCGUUCUGGCUGCAGGAUUAACACACGCUCAAUUAAACUUCGAGGGUAAUCCACUGACUGAGAACACGGAGUACACAGCGGAAGAGUCACGAUCUUUAGAAAAAACCGCAAGACAGGAAACCACAGCGAACGUGACGAGCACGGUCGCGGAGAUGGUCUACCCUCUAGUCGGAUACCUUCACAGCUCAACGAAGAACACCCUGAUUGAUGAUCAUUCCAUAAAUCAAGAAGAAACAGAUCAUGUAGAACGGAAACAGAACUCUGUCGCUGUUCAAUCAGCUCGACAGAUGUCGAACAUCUACAAUGCAGGGACCACAUCCGCUGAUCCAGCAAAGAUAGCACUGAACUCGUUUUUGAAUUCGAAAACACCUGAAGAAUCGCGUAUGUCGUUGGAUUACUACUUACAAAGUAGAGAAGUUGAACCACAAAGCACUGUGGUUCAAGAACAAACGACGGUACAAACGAUCAGUGAUCAGCAGCAAUUAUCGCAGCAGCUUAUGUCAAGAACUAAUCAGCAGCCAGCAGGGAUCAUGUCUUCCGUAAAUCAGCAAUUGACAUCCCAAUUGUUGCAACGACGAAUGGUACAAGUUUACCCCGCGAACCAACAGCAACAGUUGAACGAGCAAGUGUACAGUACGCCUCUAAAUCUUCAGGAUUACCAGUCACCCGUGUCGAACACUGUGGGUACUUCUGCGGUGCAGCAACAACAGUUACUGCAGCCUUAUGUAACCGGGUUGCAAGCGAGGAACGACGUGUUCUAUCCUGUUGGAUGGCAUCAUCGUAUGAGAAGACUGCGUGGGAAACCGUUUCUUUAUCCUCAGUCCAGGAAAGGAGGUCCUGCAUUCUAUGGUCCCCCAGUACCCUUCAAACAGACAGGCCCACCCGUGGAGGUGAUUUACACCAAGCCACCAGGAUUCCAUCGAGGUCCACCACCUCCGAGUAAUCAUCCGGUACCAUACGAGGAUGCAAGCGCUUGGUUCCCAGAAGCGGACCACUCACCACCUAGCAAAGACGUCUAUUACUCCCAACUGUAUGCUCAAUCCUAUGAUCCUCACUACUAUAAUUACAUCGCCAAGACGGGCAAGAUAAAGCCUCACCUCUAUGGGAAGCUCGGCAAGUAUCACGAAGAAGAGAAAGACGGUAUCUGGGCUGAAUUAUAUCGAGGUUUUAAGAAGCAUGGACUGAAGAACAUCAUGACACCGACAUUUUUACUGGGCAUGACACUACCUGUAGUCACCUUGAUGCUCACCGCACUCGUGCAGAAGAGAUCCCUCUCGCGAUCCGAUUCGAGAGAGUUAUCGAAAGAGGAUACGAUACAGGAAUACUUGGAAGAAAUCCAGAAAGCCAUCGAAUGUUACGAGAAGAGAAGGAAGAGAGAGACGAAUGUAGGCGGAUGUUAAUUUUAUCAGUCAGAUUCUUUCGAUUAACUUAUUAAACAUGAAAGGAUGAUUGGUGUAAGAGAGAAUGCAGAGAGUAGGGAUGGGAUCAAGUUCAAUGUGAACUUAUUCCAAAAUUAAAUGCGAGAGGAAUCUCUUUCCUCUACAUCGCCUUUCACCUUAUAAAAGGCUAACAUUGACACUGUUCAAGGUUGAAUUGCACAAUCAGAACGUAGAUUCUUUCUAGAUUUUAAACUCUGUAGGUUCUUCUUAAACUCUUUAGGCAUUCUAGGUCUUAGGUUUUUAAGCUUUAAACCUCCAGUUCCCAGACUACCUCUAGCUCAAACUCUUUCCGAGUUCUUUCAAAGACAACCAGUUAGAGUCUUCCCAUUUAUUCUUAGUCACUUUGCAACUACAUAUUGAAAGCAUCCCAUCCCUAGUCGAAAGUUGAGUCUUGUAUAUAUUUUAUGUAAUGUGAGUAAUGAUGAUAACGAAUGGUUUAAGAGUAGAUACUUUCUCCUACGAUAGUUUCCUAGUAGCCAAUGACUUAUCGCGUGUGUUUAAUUGUCUUAAAUUGCGGUAAACCGCCUUGGGGUAUCGAUGGGAGUAGGUGACAGUGGUGAGAAGUGAACUUUCAUGGGUCAAUUACCUAUAACCUUGUUCGUAUAUCCACGUGCUGGAGAGCGUGCAGCCUAUGUACUUAACUUGUUAACUGGGGAAAGACGAGUUAAUUCGUUGACGAGUGAAAGACGCGUAGAAAAUCUAAUAAGUAGUAUUGAAUCUAUGAAGGUCUGUUUUUUAUUAACAGCAUUACUUAUUAAGUUAUAUUUAUUUAUUAUUAUACUAAGGGUUGAUGAUACCAAUGGUCAAUGUGUUUUUUCCGGGAAAGGAGAACAGUUUAUACAAUGAUCUAGUUAACGGGAUAAUUGCUUACGAUCCAUCAUGUUUUAUCCGGUAUCCGUGAAACUUUUACUUUUGAAGUAAUCGACGAUCUGAACUGGUAACAGUGAUCUACAUAACUUUUAUAGUUCAAUUUUUGUUUUCUCUUUAAUAGAAACAUGUACGAGCCAUAUCUGGAAAAUGUAAAAAUGCUGAAACUUAAUUACAAUCGUUUUCUUUAUUUCACUUCCGCUUGAAAAAUUCUUUUUCAGACACGUGUACAAUAUUUCGAACGAGUCCUGAAUUCUAAAUUAAAAAUUCGCGAUUUAUCGAUGUGCAUCACGACACAGAAAUGGAUAACCGGUUUUGGUCCAGCAGCCGAUUCUAGUCACAGGAUGUGAUUAUUAAUCUCAAGCCUGUUCUAGUAAACUGAACCAGCGGAUUCUUCGAACGCGUUCGCUUGCUUUUCUAAUCGAUUUAUUUUUGAUGUAUGAACUCUUUAUAAAAUAUCUAUAAGACUAUUUACACAAGUAUUUGAAAAUUGAUACUACAAUUCCUCUCUUUAAAUUUAUCGUCGUGAAACUGGUUGAAUCCAAUCGUCUGAAAUUUUGUGACUCUGGUCGGUAAAAUCUUUUAAGUCUAUUAACUGUUGACGUAAUUCGAAUAUACGAUGCUGAUUAGUAGCCUAGCGAUAAAGGUCAAUUAUGAUAACUUGGGCGUUAAUGAAACCGUGAAUUAAGCGCGACUUCACGUGCAAUGUGACUCGUUAAGUAUUCUUCGCGCAUCCAAUAAAAAUUUAUCGAGAAGAAAUUGACCGAGAUUUCUUCUCUUCCGGAAACGAGUACCUGUCCGGAGCAUAAGUAUCACUGAUUUUUUGUAACUUUAUUUUAUCGCUUGAAUCGCAAAUAUUAAAUUUAUAAGGAAUAUUUAAAUGAAUGAUACUUUGACAUUAUGAGGAAAAAUGUGUCCGACGUAUGCGAAUUAACGAAAAAGUCGAUAAAUAAAUUUAUUCCGUACAGACAUCGACGACUCGAUGUAUAAUCAAAUUAUUUCAUCAAACGAUUGAUGGUUUAAUUCACAGGUCGUGAGACUCAGACGCUCUGUCAAGAUAGAGUUCACUUCUUAGUCAUCUAAGGUUCAAAUAGGACAUUCAGGAACUCUCUGCGCUCU